UUUGAGAUAGUAUAUUGUCACGUAACUAGCAUCAUGCAACCGAUCAAAUAUUAUCUACCUGACGAGAUAUUCAUCUUACUUUCCACUCUUGGAUAUGCUCUUUGCGUACGGAUACUGGGUAUCAAAGGGAGUGAGUGCCUGGGAGUAAGCAAGGUUGGAGGUAAUGGUGAAGGACUUAUUCUCUGGUUCUUCCUGCUGGCCAUGUUUGUUGUCGUCUUUGUCUCCAAAUAUUUGGACUGCAAGGACAUUUUCAUCUCUUUCAUUGGUGGACUGAUUGCUUUUAGUCUGGGACUGGGCCUACAUAGUGCCCCACUUGAUUGUGUAGUGCCGGGUAAGCACUCAAAGAUUGAAGGACUCAACUGGGUCCGUAUUAUGCAGGCAGUGUUUGUUGGGAUACCACUCUGUCUUUACUGCCUUGUUCUCUUUUCCAGGAGAGGAAGUUGAUCAGGACAUCGUAGUAGAUAAAACAUUCUGCAUCUUUAAGUAUCUUUAACAUUAUGCAAUGGGAAUUUUUCUUUGUGUUUUAGAUAACAACACAUUUAUAACUUAAACAUUUGAACAAUAUUAUUAUAAUUUAAAUCACCUUUCUUAUGAUUUUAAGAUUUUGGUAUUCAGGAAAAGAUGAAAAGCGAAUUGCCCAUUUUUUGGUACAUACAUUUGUUGCGUGUGUCAAUUUAA